AAACCACGGCCGUUGUCGUAGGCCUACACUGCUUGGAACAAGAAAAAGCCCAAUUAGCUGAAUGGAUCCACCGAGGUGGUUCGAUCAUGCGACGCAAGCACCUCAAGCAAGCACUCAACCGACUGAGCUAAAUCCCGCCCCUGUAGUUGUUAAAAAGCUCUGUUACUACUAUAUAAGUAUGAACCAUGUUAAAAUGGCAGCAAAUCCAGGAUUAUACAAGUGACAACGUUUUAUUUGUCUCACUAUGUUGAAUAUAGCAGUUAUCAUUAAUUUUAGACCCAAAUCUACUAGCCAUUGAUUAAUAAUGUAAACAUUCCUUUCCUUGUCGUUUUUUUUUUCUCGGUAAUCUACGUCAACAUUAGCUGCGAGUCGGGAAGCAUCGGAAAUAUGCGAACUCAACAAAACUGGUUUUUAAUCAUUUAUUCCGCGUCUGUGUAAAUCUUCAGACAAAUUGAACCAGUCCAGUGUGAAACAUCAAUGGUGAAAAUAUAGAGGGCGGAUUGAUCAUUUGUGUCUAAACUUUCUCUCGUAUUUUAUUAUCCUGGGUUAUAACAACACUGAGUCAACCAUCGCCCACAAUACAAUAGUUCCACAUUCAGGAAAUCCGGAUACUAUGUACAAAAUUGCACACCAUACAUGUAGUCGAUGGCCGAGACAGGCCAGUUGAGAAGACUAUCUAGUGGUUUCCAUGGAUACAAAUAAUGACAGCUCCACCGCAUUACCUGAAGCUGGGACCCCGGACACAUGCGUACAGUCAUGUAGCGACAGCACCGUUUCAGCACCGGAACAGAUCGUGCCAGUCGUCUCCACAUCCGCGUGCUCCCUGCCAGACACGCCCAUAGAUGACCCGGAACUCGAGUUGUUAGCCAAACUGGAGGAGGCUAACAGACAACUGGAGGCCGAUGAUAAGCUGUGCAAGUCUCUGGCCGGGGUGUCGCCCACCCCGAGUCACUCGCGGAAAGGAUCAGGAUCUAGCGUGGUGUCCAGUACUUCCUCAAACAGCCACUUCAGCUGCCAGGUUUCCUACGACGAAGACAUAGCUGCCGAAAAGUCAGAAACAUCAUGGGAAACUUGGGGCCGCUUGGUCAAUGAUUGGGAAUCUUAUAAGAAAAAGUCAUCUUAUUUGAGGGAUCUAAUACGGAAAGGCAUUCCACAUCACUUUAGGGGUUUGGCAUGGCAGCUGUUGCUGGGAGUACACGAGUCUCACUAUAAACAAUUGUAUGCCGAUUACCUCAAGAAAAACUCACCAUCGGAAAAACUGAUAAGGCGCGACAUUGCAAGGACGUUUCCUGACCACGAUUUCUUCAAGAAGAAGGAUGGACUUGGUCAGGAGAGUCUCUUCAAUGUAAUGAAGGCGUAUUCUCUUCACGACCGCGAGGUCGGCUACUGUCAGGGAAGUGGAUUCAUCGUCGGUCUGCUUCUCAUGGAGAUGCCAGAAGAGGAAGCGUUUGCAGUGUUGGUUCGCCUCAUGCAGGACUAUCGUUUACGAGAACUGUUCAAACCAAGCAUGGCAGAGCUGGGGCUUUGCAUGUACAAACUUGAAUGCUUGAUACAGGAACUACUGCCAGAUCUUCAUCAACAUUUCCAGACCCAGUACUUCCACACCUCGAUGUACGCAUCUUCGUGGUUCCUCACCCUCUACGUGACUUCAUUUAACCUGUCUCUCGCAUGCAGAAUCAUGGAUUUAUUUAUAUCAGAGGGAAUGGAGAUGAUAUUUCGAGUUGGAAUAGCAAUUUUACAGUCUAGUCAAGAAUAUCUUUUAUCUCAAGAUAUGGAAGGAAUGCUGAAGUUCUUUCAAAAAGAUUUACGUUCUAAGUAUGAAAGUGAUGUUGAUGGUCUGUUGCAAACCGCCUACCAAGUUCGGUACAGCUCCAAGAAGAUGAAAAAACUAGAAAAAGAAUAUACAGCUUUAAAAAGCAAAGAAAAUGAAGAACAAAUAGAAUUAAGGAGGCUGAGAACUGAAAACCGAUUACUGAGACAACGAAUAGACAAUUUAGAAAAGGAGUCUGCUGCGUUGGCUGACCGUCUGAUCCAGGACCAGGUGAUCCGGGCGCAGGAGGCGGAGGAGAGUUAUGCGCUGAAGAAUGAGCUGUCCGUGCUCCGCCAGCAGCACCAUGACGCUCAGAGGAAACUUGAGGAGGCCGACGUGCUCAUCGCAGAGAUUAAACGACGGGGUGUGGGUACAAAUGGUUUCAAAGACGUCAGUUGUGGACACUGGACAAAAUGUAUGGAUGAUGCAGACUGUCUGGACGAGGAGGAGACGCGUAACAUGAUCCGCAGUCUGCAGGCCGAGAUGAUUGGUCUCCGUCUCAAAGAGAGUGAAACCGCCAUUCUCGUCAAAGAGCUCCGGUCAAAAAUCAAGGAUCUUGAAGAUACAAACCUCGAUCUGCAGCGAGCUCCAAGCAAUGAUAUACAGCACCUGCAGGAAGAGCUGAUAGCUGUCAAACUGCGCGAAGCCGAGGCGAACCUUUCCUUGAAAGAAGUCCAGCAGAAAGUAAAGGACAUUGAACAGUAUUGGGAGAAACACAUGGAGAGGCAAUACAGUGUGACAUCGCCCAAGGAAAAGAACAGCAAACAAGAAAUCAAACACCUGCAGGAAGAGUUGAUGACGGUGAAGAUCAAAGAGACGAAGGCACUUGUUGAGGUCAAGGACACUAAACAGAAGGUCAUGGAGCUGGAGACCCAGAAUCACAUCUGUUCAAACCAAAUACGCCGUAUGGAUGAAAGUAACAAGAGUCUGAAGUCACGAAUAGAAGAAUCCUUAGAUACAGAAAAGGAACUUAAAAACCAUAUCAAGGAACUUAGGAGAAAGAUUGAUGACAUGGAGACAAAGAAAAAGGAGGAAACCAUGUUGACUCGAAUAAUGGAAGCCGAGCAUGCUCAAAUAAUCGCUGAAUAUAAACAAAAGAUUGCAAAUCUUGAAAUUCAGAAAGAGGAACUGCUAGCUGCUGGCCAGCUGCAUGGGAAAACGGGAACACAGGAUCUCGAAAACCAGAUCUACGACCUGAAAGAUGAGCAUGAUAUGCAUGUUUUACAGCUCAAAUUAAACGUAUCUCCUAAGACAGGCGAGGAUCUCACGGGAGAGUACGCUGGCCACGAAGAUUCCGACGAUGAGGUGAGCGAGGCCCUCGAAGACUCGUCCGAACUCAACAAGACUUUGUCGGAGAUUGUCGAGCGAAACUCGGGCCCGACGCUCUGCUCUGUGUUCGAGAACGGGGAGGACUCGCUGCUCCCUAAUGGAGAUGUGGGCGGCGAUGAGGUCCACGUGUGUGAUGCUGACGUUCCUUCACACGAUUCCAUUCCAGCAGGGCGCUCCACGGAUGGGUCGGGAGAUUGUGCUGAGGAACAUUCCACGGAGCAUUCUGAAGAACAUCCCAGGAAACCGUUGGUGGAGAAGUCAUCCGAGGAUGUCCCGGUGGAUAACGAUCUACCAGAUGGUUGAAAUGCAUGCUUCGUGGUCUUGUACUAUCUUAUAUUUGACUGCAUGGACAGCACCAAGAGGUCGGCUUCUACGGUGUGGGUGGGCAGGGACAGGGGUGAGGGAGAGGGUGCUUACUGCAUGUUCCAUUGUCAUUAACGAAGCUCUCCUGUGAAACACGCAAAAUAAGUGCCAAAGUUGUUGUUUGUGAGAAAACAUACUAGUACAUAUUAUUAAUUAUUAUAUUUUGUUGGUAAUACUCACAAGUUCACACGAUUGUAUCAGAUUAUUGGGUAUGCACAUUAUUAUUGUUGUUUGUUUUUACUCAUAGUUUUGUAAAUGCUUGUAAGAAAUAUAUGGAGUUAACCAAAACGAGGAAUGUUUUUCUGGUUAUUAUAUUAUUGUUAAGUGGUUCAUGUCAUUAAAAGUAAUUGAACUAUUUAAAUAUUUUUUUCAUACUCUAGUACUGUUUAUAUUUAAGAAAUGAAAUGUUUGGUGUAAAACCAAACAUCAGACUGGUUACUGUAAUAGCUGUACAUAUCUGGAUUUAAAUAAAUUUCUGAAACUUCAGCUUGUUACGGAGAUUUUAGUGUCUGUAUGAAUAGGUUCACAAACAAUGAUAUUUCAAAGAAGUAUUUAAAACAUUUAAAACAAAAUUAAUUGUUGAUAUAAUAGUUUGUUGGGUUUUUUGAAAUCACUGAAAAAAAUUGUACAAUAUAUUAAUUUUGUUAUUUCCAAAAUGAUUAUCCUUCCCUAAUUUUUUCACUUAACAAUAUUGAUGAAACCAAAUUAUAAAAAAAAAAGAGCCAAAACAAUGAAAACAAAUUAAAAACAACAAACCCAUUCCCCCCAGAGUAAUAUUAUUGUAUAUUAUUUCAAUUGUUGCACAUAAACCCAGAUUGCAUGAUACAAGGUUUCUCGAUUAUUAGAGCUCUGACAAUAUAGGUCAUCAUCAUGGUCCAGUGAGGUCCACAUUGUAAGCUAUCUUUAAUAGAUCCUUCUAUUCUUAGUAUGAGUUUACUGGUGAGUUAAAAUGGUACUGUCGUUUCAGUAUAAAAUAUUACAGUAGACUCAGUAUAGUGGAACCUGUUCUACAAGUAUGUAGUCAGUUGUUAAAAUGAUUGUUAGGUCAUCUGUAUGUAGCUAUCAAAAUGUGGCCUUUUGAGAGGGUGCUUAUUUUAGAACACUCAUUACUUCAUUUACGAGUAUAAUACGGUGAUUUUGUCACACGAACUGCUUACAGACAUUGCUGUUUGAGAAAGUCUGCCUAUCUUCAAAUUGUGAUCAUGUAAUUAAUUCCAGUUAACAUUUUUAAGAUGCACCUUAAAAAUGUAUCAUUUUAUUGAAAACUACCGGGUAUUAAUAGUUUUUAUAUUUUGUAAUUAUGUUUUGAAGAAGUUGUUACAUUGACACAAACAUAUUAAUUAAUACAUAUGUGUCAUGCAGUUACCACCUGUCAGAAAAAAAGAUGCAAUCUUGUAUCCUUUAAAAAAAAUUCCAAUCAGGUUAAACCAGUAUUUUAAUUGUUAUAGAUAAUGUAUAACAAUGUUUUAAUAUUUGUUGUCACUUUGUACUGUUUAAGUCAUGCCAGUGUUAAUUUGUUAAAUUCUUUUGUUCUCAGUUAAAAUGUUAAAAAUGUAUUCACUGAAGGCUUGAAUGUAAUUAUAAUAUAUUCUGAAUCUUAAAGAAUAUUAUUUUGAUUAUUAUUUCAUUAUUGUAAAGACAUCCCAUCUAUUUUAAGCCUUAUGACAUUACAUUGAAAAACUAACAUAAAAAUGGGACCCAUAUUUUCCAAGCUAAACUUAACGUUAUGAUAUUGUAAAACUGUUGUAUGGUAUAGAAUUUGACAUAGUAACAUCACAGCUUAUGACAGUUUUAUGAUAUUGUUGUGCUAAGAUACCUUUGAAAAUCGGUAGCCUGGCUUCUUUUUCCAGGGUUUCUAAACUCUGUACUACAAUCUAUUUCUGUAAGUAGUGAUACAGAUAUCAUAGGGGUGGAAGUUAAAUGACUUUCUUUCUCUCUGCACUGAAAAUGUCACUUCUAAUCAAGACGAUAAAUGAGCCAAUCCACAAAGCAUAAAAAACAUUUCCAUGACCAGUGGACAUAACCAUUUGUGGUUGUCAGCUCUAACUAUGAAUUAUUGUCGAGACCAUGGCAUCUGACCUUUGAUGUAUCAGCUCUAACUAUGAAUUAUUGUCGAGACCAUGGCAUCUGAUCUUUGAUGUAUCAGCUCUAACUAUGAAUUAUUGUCGAGACCAUGGCAUCUGACCUUUGAUGUAUCAGCUCUAACUAUGAAUUAUUGUCGAGACCAUGGCAUCUGACCUUUGAUGUAUCAGCUCUAACUGAAUUAUUGUUGAGACCAUGGCAUCUGACCUUUGACGUAUAACACUUUUGUGACAGUGAGUAGAAAUGUUCUUUUUAAAGCAGUACCCAACACAGAUUAUGACUAUUGUAAUUAAUAUUCAAAAAAGAGAGAUUAUAUCUGGAUUUAUAGUAUUUCACCAUCAUUGACCUCUGGAUUUCAAACUAAGAUCUAGUUGUUUUGUUUUGAAGCUGCUGAAUUAUUCAGGGAACAGUUUUUCACAUAAAUCGCGAUUCAGGUAUUUGAUGAAUCAUUUAUGUUCAAAAAUUAAAAGUUAUAACCAUAUGGCUGCUGAAUUAUCCAGGGCACAAUUUUUUACACGAAUCGCCAUUCAAUUAUGUUGUGAAUCAAUUACAUUCAAAUAUUAAAAGUUAUUAACUACAGGCUUUAUUCAUGUAUUCCAAAAAUGCAGGCAUUCUAUAUGUUUUUUCAAGACUGAUUUUUACACAUUUGUUUGUAAACAACUUGUAACUCACUGUACUGGUUAUGUAAAUAUAACACAACUGAACAGUUAGUUACCUAGGAAUAUAUUAGGUGAAUUGACUUCUGGUCACCUAAGAUUUUGAAAUAUUGUCCCCCAAUUAUCCCACGAAAACUGGUUUUAUUUUUAUUUUUUAUUUUUUAUUUUUUAAUUAUUUGUUUUUUAACAGAAAGAAAUAGAAGUACUGCUCACACUCCUGUGGAUUAACGGGGUCAGAUACUCUUAAACAUUAUUCCAAUAAAGUUUGUUUAUAUAUAUAAUAAUUACCGGUACUAUAUAUCUUUCUUGUGAAAUGACCACUUACAUGUAUAUUAACCUGAGACAUAUUUAUUUAUUUAUUUAGAAUGGAUAUUAAUUUAUUUUCAGACACUCUUAAUAGAGAUUGAUGUGCAAUAUGUACAGAGUAUUUUGGUGCAGGAUUUUGUCUUCAAAUUUAAAUUUCAGCUUUUCAGAUGACCCGUAAUAGCAUACAGGGUACUUAAGUGUGUUCGUGAUAAAUUUGUAACAUGUUUGUAACUGAGAUUAAUUGUUUAUCAUUAAUGUACUGACGUUACAAGAAACCAGGGAGAUCAUUUAGGUACCAAGAAAUUGGUCCAGCUACUUGGUAGACUUAUCACCAAAAAAUUCAAAUGUGUGUCAUGACUUUUCUCUUAUUACUGAUGAUAAAAUGAUAAUACACAGUUGUGUUGAUAUAAUGUUAAUUGUGAGAUAUGAACAUGAUCACUCUACAAUGUGAAGUUGAAGCCGAAUUAAGAUUAAUUUAUCCUGCAACCACUGUUUCUAUCCGCCGAGUAUGAUGACCGAUUAAAGAAAGUCAUAAACGUAUACUGGCAGAUUAUGACGCCACUCAUGAACAGUACAAAAUCGCACAUUUGACCUCUAGGUCAUCAUACAUUGUAGCUGAAAUAACAUACAUAAUAGCUUUUUCCCUUAAUUUUUAUGGUCUAGGAUAAAGAUAAUAACUAGUUGUAACUAGAAAAUCGGCUUUAUCCUGU